AUGUUCAACGCUAAAAAUUUAAUGAAUGUAUGCCGUACAUGCUUAAAUUAUUUCGAUCAUCACUCGUCUGUUCCGGUGGACAGUGUGGAAGAAUCGAGCGCGAAGAGUUAUCGGGACUUUCUCUCCGAGUGGCAUACCGGGUAUACCACAUUCAACAAUCAGACAUAUGAAGAACAUUUGCCGCAACAAGUCUGCCAAGAUUGUGCCCAACGAAUCGAUGGAAUCCUUCAGUUUCAAACAGAAACCGUUUUCAACUUGCGGUUAUUGUCUGCCAUCGGCGAAGCCAAACUGACCGGUAAGUGCACCUUGUUGCGAAAGCUACUACGAUCAGAAAAAUAUCGCAAAACUUUAUGUAAGCUUGGGCAGAUAGAACAAGAUAAUAUAUUAUCGGUUGAUGAUCUGCUUAAUGUAUUUGAUCAAAGUUCAGUUUGCCAUGCGACUAUUAAAAAAGAAAUAACUGAGCCACCCAAGGAGGGAGGUUUGAAUGAGAAAAACGACAUUCCUAUUGUUUAUGGACAAUUGCAAGAGCAGACGCCCCCUGAAGGUGAAAGUGAUUUGGAACUGGAUAUGAAAUUUGAAGUUGACGAUCAGGAAGGGUGGGCAGCAGCAGAAGGGGACGAACCAUCCACUGUUAAGCAGCCAAAGAAACACGCUAGCGGUAUUCGCAAGAAACCCUGUUUAAUCGAAGGUUGUGAACCAAUAGUUGUCGGUCAAGCUGUUCAGCAUGUGAAGGAAAAACAUCGAACUUACUGCAAGAUUUGUGGAUUGGUUUUUGGUUCAUACACGAGGGCAACAUCACAUGUGGCAAUCCAUCGACCAGCUGAGCACCGAUUUAGUUGCGAGUUGUGUCCUAAAUGUCGUAAUUUCCGUAACCGGGCAGCAUCUCUGCGCGUGUUACUAACUAGUAUCGUUGCCGAUAUAAGACAGAGGGCUCACCAAGAAUGGCUCGCUUACUCGUCAAUCGGAUGCUGCUAA